AUGGAGGCUCCGGAGCCGCUGGUGCCCAAGUUGAAGAUAAGGGUCAAAUGCCAGAGCGCGGCCGGCGAGAAGCGUUUCCUGAUGCUCGAAGAAGGCAACCUGACUCUUAACGAGCUCGCGGCAAGAGCCAAGGCCCAAUUUGCGCGACUCUACAAGUAUCUGCCACCAAUCGAGGUCUUCCGCCUCCGCGACGGGUCCGGAUGCGAUAUCGAUCUUGAUUGGCGCAUCCGAGAUGUACUCCAGGAUGGCGCCGAGAUCGAACUUGUGACUCCCGAGCAAGAGUGCUUCGGCGCGAUGAGCGUAGACGAAUUAAUCUCGGUUCAAAAUGGCGAGAUGUCGCCUGAACUCGUACGAGCCAAGCUGGGCAAGCGCAAGCGGAGUCGUUCGAGCUCCUAUCAACAAGGAUCACAACCCAACCCUGAGGAGGAUGCCAAGCUCGCCGGCGGUGCUGCGGUCACACCGCGCAAGAGGCACAAGGGGAGCGUGGACUUGAAUCGAUUGAGGGUAGCUCAGCUGCGUGUCGAGCUGGGGAAGCGCGGGGCGCCCCUCUUUGGCGUAAAGCCCGAGCUGGUCGCCCGGCUCAAGGCCCUCAUGGACGCCGAGAAGAAGGGGAGCGCCAAGAGCCCCGCCCGGCGCCUGCGCAUGGCCGGCGGCAGCGACAGCGACCGCGACGAAGAGAGCGAAAAGGAAAACUCGAGGGCCAAGAGGCGGAGAAAGAACGAAGACGAGGAGGAUGGUGAAGAAGAAGAGAACGAAGAUGACGAGAAGGAGGAGGUAGAAGAAGAGGAAGGUGAGGAAGAGGACGAGACGAAGACGCGGAAGCCGCGAAGGAGCCUCUACGAAUUCUAUCCCAACGAGGAGCGGCGGCUCGAGGCAGCCUUGUGCAAGGAGCUCGCGACGACGCACAAGCGCAAGCUGACCGAGGCCAGCCCCGUGCUGGCCGACCGAUCGCGCAAGCAGCCGCGCCCUGCGCAGCACGAAAACGGAAACGAAGACAAAGACGAAGGUGGCGGCCGCGCGUCGGACCGGAUGGCCGAGGACAGCGCCGAGCAGGACGACAACGACCCGCUGCGGACCCCGACCAGGCAGGACUCGUCGAACCGGACGGAGACGGAGGCGACGAAGAAGAAGAACGAAGACGACGAGAAAGCGAAGGCAAAGGCGAAGGCGAAAGCGGAGAAGGAAAAGGAGAAGGAGGAACGCGAAUGGAAGGCCCGCGAGCAGAAGGAGAAGGAGGCCCAGGCCAAGGCCAAGGCCAGAGAGGCGGAGAAGGAGAAGGAACGCGAACAGGAGAAGCGCAAGCGCGAGGAGGCGGCCGCAGCAGCCGCACGAGCAGCAAAGGAGAAGGAGGCUCAAGCCGAGCGCGAGCGCCAGGCCCGCGAGCUGAAGGAGAAAGAAGAGCGCGAGCUGAAGGAAAAGAAGGAACGCGAACGCAAGGCCAAGGAGCAGAAGGAGAAGGAGGAGCGCGAGCGACAGAAGGCCCGCGAGCAGAAGGAGGAGCGCGAGCGCAAGGCCCGGGAGCUGAAGGAGCGCAAGGAGAAGGAGCAGAAGGAAAAGGCCGAGCGCGAGCGCAAGGUCCGCGAGCAGAAGGAGAAGGAGCAAAAGGAGAAGGAGGAGCGCGAGCGCAAGGCCCGCGAGCAGAAGGAGACCGAAGAGCGCGAGCAAGGAGAAGGAGGAGGCGAGCAGAAGGAGGAGGAGCGCGAGCGGCAGGAAAAGGAGAAGAAGGAAAAGGAAGAGAGGGAAAAGAAGGAAAGGGAGCAGAAGGAGAAGGAGGAGCGCGAGCGCCAGGAGCAGAAGGAGAAGGAGCGCGAGCGCGAGGAGACUAGGCGGCAGCACGAGAAGCGGGAGCGGGAGCGCAAGCAGAAGGAGGAGGCCCUGCGGAUCCAGAAGGGCAAGGAGCAGCUCGAGCUCAAGCGCAAGGAAGAGGCCCAGCGCAAGCUGCAGAAGGCCAAGGCCGAGCGCGAGGAGAAGACCAAGGCCAAGGCGGCCGAGCUCGAGAAGACCAAGAAGGCCGAGGAGGAGAAGAAGAAGAAGAAGGCCGAGGAGGAGAAGAAGGCCAAGGAGAUCGAGGAAGAGAAGAAGAAGAAGGUGCAGGAGGAGGAAGAGGAAGAGGAUGACGAAGCGACGCAGUUGCGCGAGGAGGAGGAGGAGGAGGAGGAGGAGGAGGAGGAAAGCGAAGAGGAGGAGAGCGGAGAGGAGACGAAGGGAGCGACGACCAAGAAAGAAGAGAAGGAGAAGGCCGACAGCGAAACUGUCUCCAUGGAGCUCGAGGAGAGCGAGGACGAAGGCUCGGGAGAGGAGGGAGAGGAGGAGGAAUCGGACGACAGCGAGAGCGAGGAGGAGGACGCGAUGGAAGUCGAGCAGCCGGCGGUGCCAAUCACGACAGCCAAGGGGGAGUCCCAGAGCGCCAGCCAGGAUACCAGGCCUCUUCCCCCGCUCGUCGAAGACGACACCGAAGAAGAGGAAGAUAGCGACGACGGUGAAGAGAAGGGGGAUGAAGAGGAGGAAGAGAGUGAUGAUGAAGAGGAGGAGGAUGAUGAUGAGGAGGAGGAGGGUGGGCGGCAAGCCGCCGGCGCCAUCAUCGCAGGAGAAGAAGGAGAAGGAGAAGCAGGCCGUCGAGAAGAAAGACUCGGAGGCCAAGAAGCAGGCGGACACGAAGGCGAGUGCCAACAACGGAACCGCGAAGGCCGGCACACCUGCGGCGAAGGCGACCCCGGCGGCGAAGCAGAAGAUGGCGACAACGCCAACACCGACGUCGAAGCAGAAGACGGUGGCAACGCCCGUACCGACGAUGAAGCAGACGACGGCUACGCCGACACAAAUGAAGAACAAGAAGGCGGCAGAAGACGAGGCGAGCGAGAGCGAAGCGAAAGCGAAAGCGAAGACGAGGAGGCCGAAAUUGAAAAGAUCCUGGGCCAUGUCGUCAUCAACCCCUCGCAGAAGUUCCAUCCUCCCACGCCCUGUACAGCGCGUGUAGACCAACAGCAGAAGCAGAAGGGGCUGGCCAUCACGCCGCGCCCCACGCCCGGCAAGUCAUUCCUGCCGAGCUCGAUCUUCCGCACCCCCGUCUCGUCUCUCCUGGCCCGGCCGGACGGCAAGGGCAUUCGCGACGCCUUGAGCAAAUAA